ACACCUCGCCCGGUUUCUGUUCAGCUCCAAAAUGGCCGACGGCGAAGCACUCUGUGAAGCAGCUCGGAACGGCGAAGUCAACACUAUCAAAUCUCUCAUCGAUUCCGGCGUUGACGUCACCUAUUUCGACAAUGACGGACUUACUCCGCUGAUGCACGCCGCCAAGCACGGCCAUGCUGAGGUGGUAAAAGCUCUUAUUGAUGCAGGUGCCCCGUGGAAUGCAGUGUCUCCUUCUAAUGUAUCUGCUGGUGACUUCGCUAUGGACGCUGGUCAUCAAGACGCCUUUGAUGUUCUUCUCAAUUCAGCAAUCCAGGCAGAAUUAAUCCUUGGAACAAUUGCAAGGAAGAAGAAUGCUACGGGGAACUCAGAUGGGGACUAUUUAGAUGAUAGAGUUACUUUUAGUGAAGAUAAGAUUAUGGACUCUGAUAGUAAGGCUAUUAUGAUGGCCUGGGAGAAGCCAUUGAUGGAAGCUCACGCAAAAGCUGUCUGCUCAAACGGUGGCCACAUACUGAACAUUGGAUUUGGAAUGGGCCUUGUAGAUACCGCCAUACAGCAGUAUGCACCUUUAUCACACACUAUUGUUGAAGCUCAUCCAGAGGUCUAUGAUCGUAUGAUACGUGCAGGUUGGGGUGAGAAGGACAAUGUCAAAAUCAUAUUUGGUCGGUGGCAAGAUGUCAUUUCUGACCUUGAAUCCUAUGAUGGCAUAUUUUUUGAUACUUAUGGGGAAUAUUACGAAGAUAUGCGGGAAUUUCAUCAACAUCUUCCUAGAUUAUUGAAGCCUGGUGGGAUAUAUUCAUUUUUUAAUGGUCUAUGUGGAGUUUAUGCAGGUUGACCUCGAGAAGUGAAACAAUGAUAAACAAAAGCGAACGGAGGGAGUAUUUGAAAGGCGAACGCUUGAAAAGACAGAGUCCAAACCAAGACCUACAAAUGUGAACUUAGGCUCUGGCAAAAUCUAACUUCAAUCUUCAACACCUCUUUCAAGCAGUUUAUGUAUCCGGAGACGAUUUGAACGACUCUGCUCCUGCUACGACAUUUGCACUAAAUUCUUACUUUAUUUAUUAGUUACGUAAGGUGACAGAGCCCCAAUAUUAGCUCCGUACGGCUAAAUCUAUGCGACUUUAAUUUCAGACAUGUAUGUCUAAAAUAAAUUCAAAGCAACUAAACUUAUAAAACUUUAUAAAUUUUGGCUAUUCCUCAUGUAAGGGUCCUAAAAGCAGCUAUUUGGGACUCAAAUGCCUAUUAUACUUUAGGGCAUCCCUACGAUCCAAGCUACAAACAAUGACAUACAUUGUAUUUUAC